UUGCGAAAGGCUCCCGAUUGGAAACACGCUUCUGCACCCGAGCCGCCCGUCUUGGUCACCUGCUUCCGUUUGAAAAAGAACCAGAUCAUAGAUGCCGGUACACUCAAUGCCUGGCGAAAUCACCAGCUUGACCAUGACGACGUCUUCCACCCGGCGUUUCUUGAAAGGGUUAUAUUCAAUAGCGUCGAGUCUGACCAAGUGACUCUUACCGACGAUGCGAAGCAGGUCUUGAAGGACUGGAAUACCAUCAGAGUCGAUUUCAGUCCUCAUUUGAACCUCACGAGUGGCCCGUAUUAUUUGGAUCGUGGUGUAUUUCACUCAGUGUGGAGGGUCUUUGAAGACCCCCAGCUGGCAUUUUUGGAAGCCAUAUGGCCCCUCGAGGAAAAUCCUCUCUCCUUUAUUCGGGUCAGCGCGGCAGGAAAUGGGUACCGUAGCCAUGGCAUCGCGGUGCCUUCACGGUCGUACACGCAAGCGUUUAUAUCAUCCGGGUCGGGCCUAACAGACAAUGAAACCCAAAGCGCUCUCAGAGGUUUGAGGAUUGCGGUCAAGGACAACUACCACAUCCAAGGUAUCAAGACAUCGUUAGGAAAUCGGGCAUACUUCAAUUUAUAUCCUACUCAGAAUACCACCGCAAAAGUGGUGUCGAAGCUAAUUGAUCAGGGUGCUCACAUCGUCGGCAAAGCUCAUCUUAGCUCCUUUGCCAUGAUGGAGCAUCCCACCCAGAGUGUUGAUUAUCAAGCCCCUUUCAACCCCCGUGGGGAUGGUUACUUGAUUACUGGUGGGAGCAGUGGUGGUAGCGCGGCCGCAACCGCUGCUUAUGAGUGGAUUGAUAUUGCGAUAUGUAGUGACACCACCGGCAGCUCCCGCAUCCCCGCCCUGCAGACAGGGGUCUUCGGAUUUCGCCCUAGCACCGGAUCUAUCUCAGGGGAAGGCAUGGUAAAUGCAUGGGCAGCUUUCGACACCCCGGCAUGGUUCGGGAGGAACCUCGAACUAUUUCCAAACGUCUUGGGCGCGUUGACCGGUCUUCCGGCGGACAAGUCGGCCGCUGCUAAAGUCCCAUCUGUGAUUCUCUACCCCACAGACUUUGCGCCAGCAGAUAGCCCAGAUCAGAUUGAGGCCAUGGAGAGGUUACUUGAAGAUUUAGCUACAGCAUCAGAUUGUACCUACACGCGCGUCUCGAUUGAGAAUGACUGGGCUGAAACAGGACCAACCGAAGAAAGGAGCCUCUACCAAUACCUCUAUAAUGUCACCCAUAAUGGGUGGUAUUAUUCAGCAUUCCAUUCGUUCGACCAAUUCAGAGAACAGUAUGAAUCAAGAUACGGCCGUAUUCCUUUUGUUACCGAAGUUAUCCGAUGGUAUUGGAACUUAGGCAGCACCGUGACGGCUGAGGAGUACCAAGAGAUAAUGAACCGCCUAGACGUGUUUAAGAAUUGGUUCAUAAAUCAGUACUUGGCGGAAGGGGCUGUUGUCGCAUUGCACAUUGACAAGAUCCAGCCGAGGUAUCGCGAUCAGUACCCAGGCAACAACAACCCGGAAACACCAGGCCUUCGCGCACCGCAUCUUGCUGCUAUUUUGGGCUCUCCUGAAUUGGCGGUGCCAAUCUCUGAAAUCCCCUACCAGUCACGUAUUACUGGUCGAGAGGAGAAGCUCCCCAUGGUUGUCUCUCUUAUGGGGGCACCGGGGACCGACGCCCAACUCCUUGAGUGGACGAUCGAUUCGUUAGGCAAGAGUGGACGCGCGACCAAGGUUGGAGUUGGAAAUAGAAUGUUUUAG